AAGAGAUGUGUUUUCAUUCUUCAUAACAGCAAUUGUUCUGUGCAUCAUGACGCCUCAAAUGGCUAGGUUUGGACUUAUUAUUAUUCUCUGGAUUAUUCCUUGUUCUGAACAACAUCUGAAUUUAUAUUUGGAUGAGAAAGAAACCUCUAGGUUAUUAGGAAUUCCAGACUCCGAGCUGUACUAUGUACGUAACGGCAUCCUCAACAAGUAUGCGCUGUCGUUUAACAUGCCAAUACCGACACACAUCGACUCCAUCUUCUUCACGUGGCAAAAUCUCCGUCCUAAACCUCCAGAUAUGUUUUACAAGAUGCUUAAGGUGUUCAACCCUACCGCCAUGGACAUGCCGACACCCAGUAUAGACCCAGAUGGCAUGGUUCCCAAUGAGCUCUCUAAGUUCAAGAUUACAUUCCGAUGCACGGGAGCGUUGACUACAGAAGUGGACGUUCACAUACAGAUGAACAUCAGCAUCUUCUCUGCGUCCAACGUGACUGUACUGAACCUGCGUAGGAAGAAGAUGUGCACAAAAGUGGACACAUACCUCUUCAAGGAGUUGUCAACACAGCGGCCAGUGUCGAGAGAUUUCAACAUUUCCGGGAAAGGCUCAGUUGAAGAAAAACGUCGUUUGGACAACAGUGAAGAGGCUGGGUCAUCGACUCACGUAUUCUACAUUGCGGUGGGAUGUGCAUGUGCCGUUAUCAUCCUUGUGGCGUUAGCUGUCGCUGUGUACUAUGUAAACUCCCAGAAAUCUACAAACCGGGCAUAUGCUGAAAGAAUAAGUGAUACAAGCAGCUCCCAGGCACUGACCCAGCAGACACAAUCGUUCCUGCGAGCGGACACACCUAGCAAGAGCAUUGCUGGAUCUCAUUCUGUACUUUCAGUACGCAGCUAUCCGCGGGGGAUUUCCCCGAUUCCCGAGAUACGCCAGCAGACCCCUGCGCUACUUGUCGACCCCUACUCCCUCCUCAUAGAAAUUGCAAUAGACCGAGCAAGGAUUUCUCUCUCUGAGAUUAUAAUGGAAGGCACAUUUGGCAAGGUAUACUGUGGAACUCUGCUUAGUGAAGAAGACAGUGAAGUAGCAGACCAGGAAAUAUUUGUCAAAACAAUAACAGAGCAAGCACGUAGUGAUCAGGUGCACGUGUUUCUCGUGGAAAGCUGCCUGAUGAAGGGUCUCCCACACCCGAACAUUCACCCCGUGAUAGGGGCGUGUCUGGAUGAUAAACUACCACCCUAUAUCAUAUACCCAUACUCCACAGAGGGGAAUCUUAAAAAGUUUCUACAAAAAUGUCGAUUAUCAGACUGUAAUUCUCAUUAUUCAUUAUCCACCCAGCAGAUUGUAUAUAUGGCCAUCCAAGUAAUCAGGGGUAUUCAGUUUCUGCACAGAAAAAAGAUCGUACACAGAGACAUUGCAGCAAGAAAUUGUGUAGUUGAAAGUGAUCUAAUAGUGAAGCUGACGGAUAACUCUUUAGCGCGAGACCUGUUUCCGGGGGACUACAACUGUCUUGGGGACAAUGAGAACCGCCCUGUCAAGUGGCUCGCGGUCGAAGGGAUAUCGGAUAGAAGGUUCUCUCCUGCCAGUGAUGUGUGGUCAUUUGGAGUUGUAUUAUGGGAGUUUGUAACGUUGGCCCACCAGCCGUACCCCGAUAUUGACCCGUUCGAGAUGGAGGCGUAUUUACACGAGGGAUACCGGCUUGCACAGCCACAAAACUGCCCUGAUGAACUAUACGUUGUGAUGGCCAACUGUUGGGCUGUGAAUCCCGAGGAGCGACCCAAAUUUUCCCAGCUACUGGCAUGUCUUCAAGACUUUUAUACAGCCCUUGGCAGGUUCAUUUGAGGGUAGAGGGGGGGACAGCAUGGGAUUACAUAGACUGACUUUGAUACUCAAUAAGACUGUUCCAUUCAAAGUGUAGGGAAAACAGGAUCGAUGAAAGAGAUUAAGUCAGAUACUCAGAUUGUACUGGUUUGGAGAAUGGGGAAAACAGUCAGUAAGACAUCCCAUAAGAAGAUUUAAAAUCCCAGGAAAGACUGGAGUAGAGGAAGAAGUCAUUCAUUCAGUGUGACCUUGACAAAACAAAAAAUGCAGCAGACAUGAUAAAAAAGUCAUGGGCAAGCAGGGAAAGACCUGACUGCACAGUGGCUCCAGGCUUGACACAGCACAGUGGCUCCAGGCUUGACACAGCACAGUGGCUCCAGGCUUGACACAGCACAGUCACGCCAGGCUUGACACAGCACAGUGACUCCAGGUUUCACAUUGACCCAAUGCUCAAGGAUUGACUUGAUCAGUGGCUCCAAGCUUGACACUGCAUGGUGGCUCCAGGCUUGACACUACUAAGUGGCUCAAAGCUUGACAUUGGCCCGUUGCUCCAGGCUUGACAUUGGCCAGUGGCUCAAAGCUUUACAUUGACCAGUGGCUCAAAGCUUCACAUUUACUAGUGGAUCCAGGCUUCACAUUUACCAGUGGCUCCAGGCUUGACAUUGACCAGUGACUCAAGGCUUGACAUUGACCAGUGGCUCAAGGCUUGACAUUGGCCAGUGGCUCAAAGCUUCACAUUUACCAGUGGCUCCAGGCUUCACAUUUACCAGUGGCUCCAGGCUUGACAUUGGCCAGUGUCUCAAGGCUUGACAUUGGCCAGUGGCUCAAGAUUGGACACUUAAGAUACAGAUGUAUGCUGAUGAUUAAAAUACUUCCAUAAUAACCUUCUACAAUAUUAUGAAACCAAUUUAAGCUUGAUAAAAACAGCAACUUUGAUUGUCAAAGAAUCAUAUCUUGUUCAAGAUGCCUGUUGAUGAUUGUUUUAUAAUGCAGUUGCUUGCACAUGCAGUUUACUUACAUGUCAAGUUUGCUUGUACAUGAAGGUAUAUGUGUCAAGUUUGCUUGUACAUGAAGGUAUAUGUGUCAAGUUUGCUUGUACAUGAAGGUAUAUAUGUCAAGUUUGCUUGUACAUGAAGGUAUAUGUGUCAAGUUUGCUUGUACAUGAAGGGGUAUGUGUCAAGUUUGCUUGUACAUGAAGGUAUAUAUGUCAAGUUUGCUUGUACAUGAAGGUAUAUGUGUCAAGUUUGCUUGUACAUGAAGGUAUAUAUGUCAAGUUUGCUUGUACAUGAAGGUAUAUAUGUCAAGUUUGCUUGUACAUGAAGGUAUAUGUGUCAAGUUUGCUUGUAAAUGUAGCUUUGCACGUCAAGUGUUACAUCAGGUAGAUACAAUGUAGUAUUAGGUAUUCUUAUUUAUGAGUGUUCAUUUCAUUAUAUCAUGUCCAUCUUAAGAAUAAACCCCACUUCAUUAAAAUCAUAACAUACCUAAACAAGUUGGUUUUUUCUUCUUAUUUCUUGAUAUUUAAAUUAAUUUAUAUUUAGAUAGUUUUCAGUUGAAUAUAAGAUAGAAUUGGCUCUAUGGGAAGUAUUUAUGCAUUAUGUAGUCUUAUGAAUUUUCUAGGUUUUUCUCCAAUGGCAGCAAUGUACAAACCAGCACAAUUAACCAUUAGCUUGUCAUAUUUCAAAUAAGAAAAGUUUAGGUACUGUCAUAGUCUAAGUAUCGUUGUCAUCUUUUGUGGCGGCAUCAUUGGAGUUGUUGGAAAACAUUAACCAUGGCCGUUACUCAAAUUAUGGAGACAAAACACACAUGUACAGCAAGGCCAAUUAUUCUGGUUUCAAUAAUUUUUAAGUUGUGCCCCUUUUUUGACCGAAGAAUAACAGAGGAGCGUUGGUGUAAGGUUCGACACAUUCUUGAUUUAAUUUCAUAUUUCGUAUUUCUCAAAAAGAAGACCAUUUGAAUUUCUGUCAUUUUUGCUUCCUGAUCAUCAUUGACAACAGUAUUAACCAAGUUUCAAAAUGUUUAUGACUUACUUUUUUGACUGCUUUUAUGAAUGGCAACAAGAAGAGUGAUAGGUCUUAUCGGCAAUAUGACAUAAGCUGUAAAUACAGCGCUACAAGUAGUUUGUUGUGAUGCCAAAAAGAAUGGCGGCGCCCAAUAUUGUUAGGACAAUUUUUGAAGGUCAUAGAUUAUUCCAAUCUUAUUUUCAUUUAUUUUUGUGUAUGCCACCAAAACCUAUUCAACAAUUAACUAUUAUACCUAUUUCUGAUGGUUGCACUUUAUAUAGGCAGUGAAUGAACGGGUCCUUGUGUACAAGAUGUGUAUAGCCGUUAUGUAUUAUAAUAAUUAUUUCGUAUUUGUUAGUGAAUUGUUUCUUAUGAAUGACAUUGUCACCUUCAGAAAGGUGAAAACCCAUGUGAUAUUUAUUUUACCAAAUUUUUUUUGUGCUUGUUUUGUUUUAUUAAUUAUGGCUUGUUUGGUGCAAAAUACAGAUAGAAAUAGAUAUAUAAAUGAAAUAAAUUUACAUUUAUGUAAAUAAAAAUGAUAAGGAGCUUCAUGAAUUUUCACAAAACUGUUUAUUGUAUAGUGAGCUAUCUUAACUAAGGAACUUGAUGAAUAUUCACAAAUCUGUUCAUUGUAUAGUGAGCUAUCUUAACUAAGGAACUUGAUGAAUAUUCACAAAUCUGUUCAUUGUAUAGUGAGCUAUCUUAACUAAGGAACUUGAUGAAUAUUCACAAAUCUGUCCAUUGGUAUAGGUUUUCUUCUUUGGGUUUGAUCCCCACCAGGGAAAACUCAUAGCCUCUCAAAAUGGACACUGGUUCUGGUUUCUGCUAGGAAACAGAAUCAAGUGUGAGUCUUUAAUCUGCCAGCUUUUGUAACUAUGGAGCUGAAAGAAAUCAGUAUAAACUAAAAAUAAGAAGGCUAGGAGUAUUAAGACAGCAAAUUUUUUCUGAUGGACUUAAAUGGAUUUUCUUUCAUUAAUUAGAGAUUCAAUCUUUGUUUGUCAUGCAUACAAGUUCAAUCAUAAAUGUUCAUUUCUUUUUAUAGACAUAUUGAUGGGUGAAAGUCAGAAAGUUUUAAUUGACGUUAUAUGAAGAAGCGGUUAGGACGUUAUUGCUUUCAUCCUGCGAUAUUUUUGUUGCAAACUUGAUCUUUGAGGCAAUAGAUCAGCCUUUACUGUUUUCUAUCACCUUAGCUUAUUGUGUCAUGGGGCGAUAUAUAUAGGUAUUACUUUUGGCGUUGAUGGCGGUGAUAAACAGCAAAAAACCUUGUGCAGGUAAAAAACAUCAGUAUUUAUUAUGCAAUUGUAAUGAAACGUUCUGACAAUGUUUGUUGGCAUGUCUAGUUCAAGUUUGAUUGUGGGCUGACUUGCAUCCAUAAAUCUAGAGUUAUGCACCUUUUUCGUUAAAAAAUGGUAAGUUAAUGUCUAGUGCAGGUAAUAAACUAAGUAUUUAUAAUCCAAUGGAAAUGAAACUUUGUGACAAUGUUUGUUGGCAUAUUGUUUCCAUCACAUAUCAUUGUGAAAUAAGUUGACCAAGAAACUUCAGAGUGAUUUCCCAUUUACGUAUUUUAAUGUCAUGGGCAACUCGGAUUAUGAUGAAACUUGUUUACAGUGUCUGUAGGCACCUCGGUCAAGUUUGAUUUUGUGAGAAAUUGCAUCAGUUACUCAAUUUCCUUCAAAAUGUUGCACCUUUUACAUUUAAAUUUGUGUUAUAAUUUAUUUGACCAUGAUGGGCACCCCAAACAGGCAACACACCAAACUCUGCAAUUUGUUUAUUUGUUUAAACAUUACUCUUUCAGAGGAUUUUUUUUAUUCAAUUCGGCUUGAUACAUCAACAUUCUCUCUCCUGUAGGCAUACUUUUUGAAUGCAGAAUAUUUUUUCUUAUUUAGUUAAUAAUUUUAUUAAAUUUACUUAUGCAAACUCUACAAUUGGACAUACAAAUUUUCUGAUUUUUGUUGUUGAAAAACUAUAUUGCAGGAAAUGUAAUUACAUAUAUAUUUUUUAACCUGAAAUGUUUCAUUAAUGUUAACGUGCAAAUUUUAAGCUGCAAUUGUUACAUAUAUGUUAAUUGGCAAAUAUUACAUAAAUUUUUACAUUCAAAUAUUAUAUAUGUAUGUUAACUUGUAAAUGUUACAUACAUGUAAAUCAGCAAAUAUUACAUAAAUUUUGACAUGCAAAUGUUAAGUUAAAAAAGAAAACCUGCUUAGGUUACAUAUAUAUUAGCCUGCAAUGUAUUUUAAUUAUUUAGAAAGAUCUGUUGUGCCAAAGGAUAAUAAACUGCUGACUUUAUAUUUUUUGUAUCAAACAAUAUUUCCAUAAUCGUAUGUUACCACAACAGUUGAAUUCCCUAUUUAACUGAUGCUAAGUGUCAACUUUUGCAAAUGCUGUUUUGGAUAACGGUUUUGUUUUGACAGAAACUCAACUCCAAGUUUAAUGCCAGUAUAGAAUUGAAUCCUUAUUCUUUACCAAGCAAUAUAUUCGUAAAGAGAGAAGAUGAUGCUGUUCAGCAUAAGAAAAAAAACCACAGUACAUUAAAAUAAACAAAAAUAAUGCCAAUGGUAUAGUGUACAUUUUAAUUUUCAAGAAUCUAUUUUAUCGUUUAUCAUAUUUUUCCAUAAUGUACAUUGGAAUCUCUUUCAUUUGUUUCCAUUUUCUUUUUUCUACAGGUUUUUAGAUUGUCUGUAAUUGUAAAAAAUGGUUGUGGUGUUGUCAUAGCCUUGACAUUGUUCUCGUUGACGACCUGGAGUUUUCAGCAUUCAAAAACUUUAACCUUGGCCAUUACUUCAAACUGUAUAAGAUUCUUAAAUAUAAUUUAGUACACAUACUGCCAGGGACAAAACACACAUGUACAGCAAGGCCCACAACUCUUGCUUAAAGUGCACUCUCACAAAUAGACAGUUUUGAUCUUUUUUUGUCUUUUUUGUCUCAGAAUUAGAUCAUUCUGGCAUCAGUGCCUUUAAUUCAGCUAUAUAAGAUAAUUCACAAUAGAACAGAACUCAAUUGGUUGGUUAACUGCCAAAAACUUUACUUUUAAAGCUUAAGUAAUGCUUUUAGCCAUAAAACAUCAAUUUUCAAAUGUAACUAUGAAAACUGUGAUCUGCUCUUUUGUCAGCAAUCUUAUAUCACUGGUUUCCAGUUACUUUUGCAAAAAUUGGCUCAUUCGUAAAAACAAAAAAUAAAAAAAAUUGUCAAAACAAUAAAUCUGUGAGAGAGCAGCUUUAAAUACUUUUCAAGUUAUUCCCCCUUUUUUUGGAAAACAACAGAUGGGUGUUGGCAAUCGCCCUGCAGUGCUCUUGUUUUAUCGAUGUUAUUAUUAAAUGCAAGACAAGUCAUAAACCGCUGAUUAAAAACACAUCAAAUAUUUGCUGUUCACUCUUUUAAGUUUUACUUCUUUUGUCCCUUUUUCAGGAGGUAUAUAAUAUUCAGAAUUGCAGUAAGUUAAUAAAAUUAUUCAAACUUACGACAUUAAAGCUGCACUCUCACAGAUUGACAAUUUUGACAACUCUUUUAUUUUUUGUCUUGGAAUUUUUUAUGCAAAUAUGGAAAAAUGCAAAAAAAAUUGUCAGCAGUGUUUUAGCUCUUGUUUCAAGAGAUUUACGCAAAAAAUUGGCUCAUUCCUUGACAAAAAAUGAAAAAGUUGUCCAAACGGUCAAUCUGUGAGAGUGCAGCUUUAAGUUGCAACAGAGUCACUAGCCAAGAAAAAAAGGACUGUGUAGCUUUUGUUUGCCAUCCUUUCUGUAGUUUAGUGUAUGUCAGACAAUCAAUGUAUUCUGGUCACAGUAAUCAAGGAUCAUUCUCAAAUGUACAAAAAGAAUGUAUUUUGUUUUAUAAUUACAUAAUAUGCAUUUCGUUUUUUUAUGUAUCUUUAUAAUUUUCAUCCAGUCAUAAUUAUUUCGACCUGAUUAUCAAAUGCAAAAGUAAUAGCUUCAUCAAACUUCUGCUUAUUUUGUUGAAAAGAAAGCAGACAUGUAUUCAUAGUCUUUGUUUUGUCCGUACUGUAUAUAUUUCCAGUCAAAUAUCCGUUUAUGUGCCAAAACAUUUUUAUUUUUGUUUCAAUCUGUAGGAUUCAUUUCAGUUAUUUAUGUAAUACAUUAUGAUUUUAUUUGAUGAAUAAGUUUGCGUAUCAAUGUUUAAUCAUUAAUUUCAUCUCAUACACUGUACAGGAAGUCCGUCCUAGGGCAAGUUGCUUAGUAAGCUUGUCACUGAUAAGCGCUAUCAACUGACUCUUAUGCAACAGUACGUUAUUUAGGUAUAUCCAUCUUCUUAGAUUUAGGUCGUUGCUAAGGUACGGAGCUCACUCACAUAGCACUUUGUGGUAUCCUCUACCCAUGCAUCUACUUCGAUUCAGAUCGUUGCUAAGGUAUGGAGCUUACUCACGUAGCGCUUUGUGGUAUUCUCUACCCAUUCAUUUACAUAGAUUAAGGUCGUUGCUAAGGUAUGGAGCUUACUCACGUAGCGCUUUGUGGUAUUACCUACCCAUCCAUCUACAUAGAUUAAGGUUGUUGCUAAGGUAUGGAGCUUACUCAAGUAGCGCUUUGUGGUAUCCUCUACCCAUUCAUCUACUUAGAUUUAGGUCGUUGCUAAGGUACGGAGCUUACUCACGUAGCGCUUUGUGGUAUCCUCUACCCAUUCAUCUACUUAGAUUUAGGUCGUUGCUAAGGUAUGGAGCUUACUCACGUAGCGCUUUGUGGUAUUCUCUACCCAUUCAUCUACUUAGAUUUAGGUCGUUGCUAAGGUAUGGAGCUUACUCACGUAGCGCUUUGUGGUAUCCUCUACCCAUUCAUCUACUUAGAUUUAGGUCGUUGCUAAGGUACGGAGCUUAUUCACGUAGCGCUUUGUGGUAUUCUCUACCCAUGCAUCUACAUAGAUUUAGGUCGUUGCUAAGGUACAAACUCACUAACGAUGCGCUUUGUGAUAUGCUCUACCCAUGCAUCUCGUAUUCGAAAAAUGCAUGCCUACUCAAGUCGUAUACUCUCAAUGUUAUUAUUUGAAACACAAUUAAAGUAAUGGUUUAACGUUAUUAGUAUGUAUUUACCAAAAUGAAUGUUUUCUUGUUACUUGAUCACCUUACCCUAUAAUUGGGGAUUGUUUUAAUUUCUUCAGGGUUUAAUAAUCAUUAUUUUUUUGCAAAUUGAUCAGGUUUUUAAUAUAAAACUUUAAAAUAUCAAUGUUUGUAAACAUUUAAUAAUGGCAACACAUAAUUAGCCAAAACAAAAGUAUCACAAAAUUGGGACCUCACAAAAUUAGGACUCACGAAAUUAGGUCUUACUGAAAUUAGGACCUCUCAACAUUCAAACAAUAUACAGAGCAUAGUACACCAAUCUUAAUACAGUAAUGAGGUUGUUAAACAUACUGAGUUCCAACAGUUGCAGUUGCACAUAUACAUGUUUGUUUUUUAUCUGAACUUGUGUGUACUAUUUGCUACUUAGUGCAUAUUUCUGUUUGCUUCAUAAAAGUAUUUCCCGUGAUUAACUUAAUUUAACAAUAUUAUAUGAAUAAGCUCACCAAUGCAUUUUUAACUAGGUUGUGCUUGAAAUAAUUUUCUGAUGUGAACAAAAAUGAUCUUGAUUUAUAAAAUGAAAGUAUUUUUCCUUAUGUAGAGUGAGCAUUAUGCAUUCAUUAUUUAUACUUACUAGUAUUUAUGUUCUUUUGCUAAGUAGCAAUGUGCAUAAAAAGUGUACAUUUUUGUUAAGUAUCAUAAUGAAUGUAUCAUAUUAGAUAUUACAAUUGAUCUGUUUAUUGUAAGAUAUUUAUGAUUUAUUUGAGUAAAAUAAAGAAAUGAAUUACCAUGAA